AUGCCUCCUUUUUAAAAAAAUAAUAAGAGCAAAGAAUUUUAUAAAACUAAAUCUUUUACAUUUUUUGUUUUCUUCAAGAAAAGACGUCGAUUAUAGAAAACUUUUGUGCAUUAUAUCUCAUAUUCUUUAAUUAAUGAUAUCUAAGUCAAGAUAGAGAUAUUAAAUUGUAAUUAUAAAUAUUUCAAUUAUUUUUCAGCAUAACUUUAUUGGAAAUAUGUUUAUCAGCUCUUUUUGGAUUAUAUCAAGUAAAUAUUUAUUUUUGAAUUAGAUUUUUCAAGAAGCCUUUGAAGCAACUUAAAAAUAUUUCCCCUUUUAUUAAAAUACUAGCUCAUUUAUGA